GGACACUUCCCCGGGGCCGCAGGAGGCUGCGGCGGGAGCGGGCCGCUCUGUGCCCGGCCCCUGAGUUCCGGCAGCCGCAGCGGGGGAAGGUUUCUGGGGCCGGACUCAUGGAAGCGGCGGCGGAGCUGGGCCUGCGGAGGCCUCGGGCCGGGUGAAUCUCUCCUCUUGGUAACAUAGAGAAAGGAUCAUCAUGCCAACUGUGGUGGUGAUGGACGUGUCGCUCUCCAUGACCCGGCCUGUUUCUGUGGAGGGCUCUGAAGAGUAUCAAAGGAAACACCUGGCUGUCCAUGGAUUGACCAUGUUGUUUGAGCACAUGGCCACCAAUUACAAACUUGAGUUUACAGCCUUGGUGGUCUUCUCAUCACUUUGGGAACUGAUGGUUCCCUUUACAAGAGAUUACAACACGCUUCAGGAAGCCCUAAGUAACAUGGAUGAUUAUGACAAAACGUGCUUAGAAUCGGCACUGGUUGGGGUUUGUAAUGUUGUGCAACAGGAAUGGGGUGCUGCGAUUCCCUGCCAGGUUGUUCUAGUAACCGACGGCUGUUUAGGGAUUGGCAGAGGCUCUCUGCGGCACUCCUUAGCUACGUGCAACCAACGAAAUGAAAGCAGCCGAUUUCCACUGCCUUUUCCCUUCCCGUCCAAGUUAUACAUCAUGUGCAUGGCUAAUCUAGAAGAGCUCCAGAGCUCAGAUUCUUUAGAUUGUCUGGAAAGACUUGUAGAUUUAAAUAACGGGGAAGGACAGAUUUUUACCAUCGAUGGACCCCUUUGCUUGAAGAAUGUACAGUCCAUGUUUGGAAAACUAAUAGACCUGGCUUAUACACCAUUCCAUGCUGUUCUCAAAUGUGGUCACUUAACAUCUGAUGUGCAAGUAUUUCCCAGACCAGAACCUUUCAUUAUAGAUGAGGAAAUAGAUCCUAUCCCUAAAGCAAUUAAUACAGAUCUAGAAAUAGUUGGUUUUAUAGAUAUAGCUGAUAUUUCUAGCCCUCCUGUAUUAUCUAGACACUUGGUACUGCCCAUUGCACUCAACAAAGAAGGUGAUGAGGUGGGACCGGGGAUCACUGAUGACACUGAGGAUGAGAAUUCAGCUAAUCAAAUUGCUGGCAAAAUACCCAACUUCUGUGUACUGCUGCAUGGGAGCCUGAAAGUGGAAGGCAUGGUGGCCAUUGUUCAGUUAGGGCCUGAAUGGCAUGGAAUGCUGUACUCCCAAGCUGAUAGUAAGAAGAAAUCAAACCUCAUGAUGUCUCUCUUUGAACCUGGUCCUGAGCCCCUGCCUUGGCUAGGGAAAAUGGCACAGCUUGGGCCUAUUUCAGAUGCUAAAGAAAACCCUUAUGGCGAAGAUGACAAUAAAAGCCCUUUCCCCUUACAGCCCAAAAACAAGCGCAGUUAUGCGCAGAAUGUCACUGUGUGGAUCAAACCAAGCGGCCUCCAGACAGAUGUACAGAAGAUCUUGAGAAAUGCAAGAAAACUCCCUGAAAAAACUCAAACAUUCUACAAAGAACUCAACCGUUUACGCAAGGCAGCCUUGGCUUUUGGAUUUUUGGACCUUUUGAAAGGAGUGGCAGAUAUGCUGGAAAGGGAGUGUACGUUGCUGCCUGAUACAGCUCAUCCCGAUGCAGCGUUUCAGCUCACUCACGCUGCUCAGCAACUCAAAGCAGCAAGUAAUGGGACCUCUGAAUAUGCCGCCUAUGACCAUAACAUCACUCCGCUGCAGACAGACUUCUCCAGUAGCAGCACUGAAAGAAUAUGAGAUGCACUUCUUAGAACCUUCUCGACAUUACUUUUAAGUCUCAAGUGGUCCAAAUUUUCCUGUCAUAUUUGUUUCCUAGGACUGACUCAGAUAUCGUUUGAAGAACUUUAUCAAUGCAAACCGGUGCUCUAAAACAAUCUAGUUUCUUAAUCUGGGAUUAAUUCGUAUAGCUCUUAGUGGAUUUAGAGUUUUACCUGGAAAUUGUAUUUUUAAAUGCCUUAGGAAAGUCUCACAACAAGAAUGGAGGUUAUAUAGUAUGAUUACUAAGGUGUGUGAGAGGAGAGAUGAGGAAAAUACUGUCAUAUGCAAUGGACUGGUGCCAGUGGCUUAGAACUGGCCCUCUUUCCCUCCUCCCACUCCCCCCCCCAAAAAAAAACAGUCAUCAGGUAACCCCACACAUAACCCGUAACAGUUAGAUUGGUGCACAAAAGCACUGUGUAAAACUUUUCUCCAGAGAGAGUCAGGUGUUAUCUAUUAGGGCCUGGCUUUCAAAAACGUCAGCUAUGCAACUGCAUGCACUUGACUUACCCAGUCAAAGACUGAGCGUAUGAAUACUGCAUGCGGUUAGAUGCAUAGCCGGUAAGUUUUGGAUGCUGUCAGUAAUUGCAUUCCUGACUUUAAAGAUUUAAGCCCUGCCUUUCAAAAUGUAAAGUUACUAAAGUUUCAGGUAUCUCAUUUGCCUCAAGAUAUUCAUAUUUGAGAAAGUAACUUACAUUCUAGCAAGAGAAAAGUUCAUUUUUUAACAAAAUUGUAAGAUAUCACAUUAACAAAUAAAGAGUAACUUUUUAUGGAAGCUUUCAGUGGUUUGGAUCCAGUUUCAAAAGAACGGAUGUGAGUGUUUAGCAUUACGGAGGCUUAAACUUUCAUCAUGUCUUUCCAUCAUGAAGGUAAGGUAACAAAUUGCUCUUGUUCGCUUGCAUAAGAGGCUGUACAAAUAGCAAAAUGAAAGACUUUGCUUGUAAAUCUUUAUUAAUAGAAAUACACAUUCAGCUGCCUGCGGAAGGACAAGCAAACUCAGUAGUUGAAGAUCCAUGGCAAAUCACACCAAAUACGGGUUGCAGUGCCUCCCCCGUACCCUCACAACCAUGUAUUUCAUAAAUGUUUAAAUGUCCUUUAAAGGAAUUAAAAGAAUGAACGCUGUGUUAAAUUCUCAGUGUCGGCCCCAAGAUAUUCGAUUCACUGUCAAAUAGAUGUGUAUGUAGAAGAGACACAGUGUAUAAAUUAUGGUGUAACUACCCUGAGGAAGCUGGCCAUGCCCUUGUUUAGCCUUUCACACAGAAAGGCUCCUUUUAACACAUUGAGGCCAGGUCCAUGCUACAAACCUAUAUUGGUAUGAUGACGUCCCGCCCCUGAGCGACACGCAGUUAUACUGACCUAACCCCAUGUGUAGACAGCGCUAUGUCUAUGACAGAGCAUCUCCCACCUCUUGGGGAGGUGGAUUAACGAACUACACCGACAGGAGACGCUCGCCCGUUGGGAUAGGUCUGUCUUCACUUAAGUGCUGCAGCUGCGCUGAUGCAGUAUUUUAAGAGUAGCCCUGCCCUUCGAUAAUGGUGAAAGUUCCUUAGGAUGGUGUCUUUUUGCAGAAUGCCUUCAGUGGCGGUUGGACCACUUCUCUGCAAAAACCCCACCUAAAUGUUCUAGUGUUAACCUCACAAUAACAAUCAUUGGGGAAAAGGGUAUUUCACAUUGAAAAUAUAGCAACAUGUUUUUUUUCUGGUGUUAUGCUUUCGUAAAACAAAGCCAUACAAACAGGGGGAUGGAAAUAAAUUGAUCGCUCUGGAAUUAACUUGCAUCAGGGUUACAGUGGGUGCUGGGGGAAAGAGGACUAGACUCAGCUGGGUCAACAGUGCAACUAACUGCUCUGUAGUCAUGGUUACAAUUAAGUUUAUUUAAAUCAGACUUUAGUUAAUUUCAGGGAAAAUGCAAAGGGUAAGAGGGGGCUGAAUCCUGGCAGAUCAGGUUGGGGGUGUAGGAGUCAUUUUAAUCAUGGCACCCUUUAUUCAAAACAGCUCAUUUUUAAGCAAUGGGGGUUUCUUUGUUUAAAACAAAUAAAAUUACUUUUAUAAUUUACCUAAGGCAUAAACCUGAAAUAUCACUUGCCUCCUAUUUGCUGAGAUCUGGUACACAAUACCCAAAUGGUCCCUAACUUAUUAGGCCCCCAACACAGCACCCCAAAAGCAAAUGGCCAGCCUGGCAUGCAGACUCCUUAGCUGCAUCCUUCUGCAUUGAGGGAAUAGGAAAACAGGUGCUUGCUUCCUUCUCAACAGGGUUUGAGCCAAGCACUUACACCACCAUUCCCAAAAAGGAGCGGACAAGGGGCUGGCCCCCCUAUGGUAGUAGAAGGAAGGUUGUGGGAUCAUCUCAAGGGAGGCCUGCUUUACCUCUGCAUUUCCUGGUGGAAUUCUAAUUUUUGUGGGCUACUGGGGGAAGAAUAGCAGGGAAUGGAACCUCACCCCUACACUGCCUGGUUUUCCAGUGUCUGAGUUGGGGCAUUUAAAUUCUCACCGUCUGGAAGGGCAGAGUUAGUGACCACAAGGCCGUGUGAAGUAGCAGCUAUGUCAACUGGCGAGGAAAAUUUGAAUGAGUAGGUAGCUCCCACUACUGACUGGCUAGGACGUAUGUAGCUAGACAGGGGCUGCUGGACACCACUACGUAUUUCUAUUCCAUGGGGGAAGAGAUUAAGCCUUCCUAUCGUACAUGCGUUAAGAACAAGCUGGUGGUGUCCAUUGCUGACACUAGUUGUUCCCAGGUUUAAAGGUAUCAGCAAAAGCCUGCUGAAAAAAAGCAGACCUAGCACUGACCAUUAAUAAAUCAAUUUCUCAGCUCCUCAGGCCACUCCUAGUCAGUUUCACAUAGCAUGGAGUGGAUGGUCUGAAAUAUUCUACCCCAGCAU